UUUAUUAAUAAAAGACAUGUAAACAUUGUGUUCAGUCUUCGUCGAGGUGUUAUCAUAGUCGAUAGCGAUGUGUUUUCGAACCAUAAUGGCUCUGAAAUUAAUUUGUGUGGCUACCUUUGCUAUUGUGAUACCAUUGUCAGCGUUUAACCAUAGUGUCGCGAAAAAAGAAUCCGAUUUUGACAACAUAUGGGACACAACAAUAAAACAAGAAGAAUUUGAUGGCAUGCCAUUACCUGAGAAUUCGGAUAUACCAACUGUCACUCAAAUUACACCGGCAAUUGUGAAAAUCGGACAACGCUAUGGUGUCCCAUACACACAAAUGUUGGGGAAGAAGAAACAUCACUCUCCUGGUAAAAAAGACGAUUUCAUGGAGCACGUGGUGGGCGCAUCGCUCAUGUCAGGAGGUACACUUUUGUCACUGGGCGCAUUGGCGAUGGUGGUGAUGGCUAGCAAAGCUCUGCUGUUCGCGUUCGGCGCUAUUAUGUUGACGUGCUUGAGCUCCGGCUGGAUGACAGGAUGGCAUAAGUCUGGGGAUAAGGCAGGCACCGUAUACGAAGUGGUCGCAAAACCGCAGAUCACGCACGGUCACAGCUACUCGUCGGAAGUUCAUCAUGAACCUUAUGCAGCAGCGUACCCACAGCAGCAGCAGCAGCAGCAGCAGCAGUCCAUCGGAGAGUACUACAGCGGAUAUCCGGUACAGCCGCAUUGAUGUGAUAGCCCGUAACACUCCUAUUCAGUUAUCCGUCACGAUUAUGAUUAUUAUUAUUUAUUAUUAUUAUUAUUAUUUAUUACUAUUAUCAUUAUUAUUAUCCUUAUAGUAUUAUGAGUGUUAUUAUUAUUAUUAUUACUAUAUUGUUAUAUUCGAUUGUUAUUCUAAAGAAAAAUAUAAUAUAAGGACCUAUGAAGAGUUACAUCAAAACUCAUUGAUUUCAUUUGGAUUAACUAAUCUGGAUUUGUAGAGCGACACUGGAAAUCAUAUAUAAAUGGCAAGAUAGCAAGUCAGAGAGAUUGAAGAAAGCUGCAAGGAACAGCAAACGAGUGCGGGGACGACCGGAAUUUGCGGACCAUCGAGUCGACGGGCCUGAAAAUGUCAAUUUAUACUAGAAGAAGAAAAUAUUCGACUUUCGUAUCUCGUAUGUUCGUAUUUUCGCGGAAAUCGCGUCGGAGAAAACUCGGUGAAUCGUCAUGCGUUAUUAUUUUAUUCGCCGAUGUGAUUUUAUUGUUAUUAUUAUUAUAACCGAUUUUCGUACGCGUUCCCGUCAAUGACGAUGUCAACGAGUUUCCACGACUUUGCACAGGUUCCCUCCGUGUCUGGAGUAUAUCCUUGAAUAAUAAAAACGUCUCCCAUAUAUUAUUAAAUUCGAGCGCAACUAUUAUUGUACAUUAUAUCGCAUAAUGUAUUAGGCGGACCGACAGCAGCUGCAUUUCACGCAUUUUGUCCCGAAAACAAUGUGAUUUCUCGUCGAAUAUCAUCACGUUUAAUCGUACAGUAUAAAAUAUUAUUUAUUAUUAUUUAUCAUAGUAUUAUUAUUGGCUGUCGAUUUGCCGGCGCGUAUUCUGUCCAUACGUGUUCAUUUAAAUGUCCGUCAAGAUACUCAAAUAGGUCCAUCGUCCGUGCGAUCCUAUAUAAUAUUAAAUUCGUUUCACAAUAGCAGGCGAUCAGCCGUAAUCGAGUCAGCGAUGUAAAGAAAAAUAAUUUAAUGCCACAUAAUCUCGCCAAUUAUUACCACCGCAAUCUUAGUUAACUCAAUCAACUGUGACGGACAAUCCGUGUUUUUACAGCGUUUGUGUAAAUUGUUCAAGCCUACAUCUAUGUUAUGUAAUAUAAAAUAAUAAUGUUACCAUCCACA